GUCGCUGGUCUUUGAGUGUCUCAUUGUCGGCGCGGACACUCUUGCUCCAGCCACAGGCGAGGCCUGGCUAGGGUGUGGGCGCAUCUGGGGCAGGUCUUGAGAGGUCCAGCGCCCGGUGGUGCGGACAGAGGCGGGGCACCGCGGCUCUCGCCGCCGCCUGCCCGCAGGUGAUCAUCCUCCUGCAGGUGUCCUCGGGUCUCAGGUGGCUGCGCGUCUGCACCAUGGUUGACAUUCUGGGCGGGCGGCACCUGGUGACCUGUAAGGGCGCGGCGGUGGAGGCCGAGGCGGCGCUGCAGAACAAGGUGGUGGCACUGUACUUCGCGGCGGCCCGGUGCGCGCCGAGCCGCGACUUCACGCCGCUGCUCUGCGACUUCUAUACGGCGCUGGUGGCCGAGGCGCGGCGGCCCGCGCCCUUCGAAGUGGUCUUCGUGUCAGCCGACGGCAGCUCCCAGGAGAUGCUGGACUUCAUGCGCGAGCUGCAUGGCGCCUGGCUGGCGCUGCCCUUCCACGAUCCCUACCGGCACCAUUGCUGUGAAUUAGGUGAGGGGAAAGAUAUUGAAGAGGAGUUGGACACCCCGAGAGUGCAGCUGUUCUCCCCCCACACCAUCCGUGUCCUGCAUUCUGCGAGUCUGUGCUCAUCAACAAUGUGCUGUGACCAUGUGACUCAGCAGUCCUGCUGCUGGGUAUAUACACAAAAGAAAGGAAAAGGAAGCCAGUAUAUUGAAGAGGUAUCUGCACCCCCAUGUUUAUUGCAGCACUGUUCACAACAGCCAAGAUUUGGAAGCAACCUAAGUGUCCAUCAACAGAUGAAUGGAUAAAGAAAACGUGGUACAUAUACACAAUGGGGUACUCUUCAGCCAUUAAAAAAAUGAGAUUCUGUCAUUUGCAAUAAUAUAGAUGGAAAAGGAGGCCCUUAUGUGAAGUGAAAUAAGCCAGGCACAGAAAGACAAACAUCACAUGUUUUCACUUAUUUGUGGGAUCUAACGAUCAAAACAAUUGAACUCUUGGACAUAGAGAGUAGGUUGGUUACCAGAAGCUGGAAAGGAUAGUGGGGUUGGGAGGAAGGUGGAAAUGGUUAAUAGGUACAAAAAAAUACAAAGAAUAAAUAAGACCUAAUAUUUGAUAGCACAAUAGUGUGACUACUGUCAAUAAUCAUUUGAUUGUACAUUUAAAAAUAACUAUAAUUGCAUUGUUUGUAACACAAAAGAUAAAUGCUUGAGGGGAUGAAUACUCCGAUUCUUCAUAAUGUGAUUAUUAUGCAUUGCAUGCCUGUAUCAAAACAUCUCAUGUACCCCAUAAAUAUACACACCUACUAUGUACCCAC